AUGACCCUGAAAGCAUUCAUCCUGGAGAAGGAGCUUGUGGCAGCAGCAGCAGCAGCAAACUACAGAAACUGCAGUGCCAGCAGUUUCUCCUUUAAAACCAGUUCCAACCUCACGAAUUCCACAUCAUCUGGGAGCAGCCCUGCUGCUGGGAGCUCUCCUGCUGCUGCAAAUCCUCCUGCAUUUGGGACAGCAUCCUCUCCUAGCGCACACCAAUCCGUCGGCUUUGGCAGCCCGGCCGCUCCAUCCGCAGCCUCCUUCUCCUUUAAAACAGCUGCCACAGCUGCUGGCUUUGGGACUUCUGGCUUUUCAGGCUUUGGCAGCGCUUCUGCUGUGAACUCUGCAAGCACCACUCCACUCCCAGCCUUUGGAGCCUUCAGUGCCACCGUAGCCACUUCUGCCUCGCCUUUGAGCGGUGCUUUAUUUGGACAGAGCGCCAGUGCCUCUGGACAUGCUGUCACCUCAGCCUCUGCUGCAGCCAGCAGCUCCAGCCCUGCCUCUGAGAAGUUAUUCACACCCAAGAGCGAGUUAUCAGCUGAAGAGUGGCAACAGUUUGAAGCAAAGGAAUUCAUAAUUGGAAAGAAUUGCUUUCCUCUUAAGCCACCACCAUUAGAACUUUUAAAUGCUUUCAACCUUUUAAGUUUUUUCUGAAAUGUUGUUAAUUUUUAUUUCCUUUCUCAAUUCUCUUCUGCAGAAAUAAAUGUGCAAGUAUAAACUUUUGAAUGUUAAUUUGGGACAGACUUUUUACAUCUGAGAGAUGAACUGUUGAAACUAAAAUGGAACAUUUCCUUCUGUAUGCUGUCCUGUGAACUUCUGUGCAAAGACUGUGUGAAAAAUACAGUGUCAAAAGAAAGAAUGUUUCAGUAAGGUA